AUCACCCUGUGUCAAAAUAAGCGAGGAGCGUACAUAGAAAAAAAUUGCCAAAAUUAUUUAUACUAGCGAGUAAAGACUAAGUAUUGUGUUGUAAAAACUACUGCAUCAGACGCAAAUACUUAAAAAAUGGGUUCCGAUGACCGUGACAGACGCCGCCACAGGAGCAGAUCUCGUUCGCGCGAUAGACGCCGUUCACGUUCCCGUGAUCGUCGCGACAGACGCGAUGAGCGGGGAAUGGCCAAUAUCCCAGGUGCCAGCAGUGGGCCCAGGGGACGAGGCAAUUAUACCAGACGCCGCAAACCUUCAUUGUAUUGGGAUGUACCGCCACCAGGAUUUGAGCAUAUAACACCACUGCAAUACAAGGCUAUGCAGGCCUCUGGUCAAAUCCCUGCAAAUACAGUGCCCGAUAUACCACAAGCUGCGGUGCCCGUCGUUGGUUCCACAAUUACCAGACAGGCACGACGUCUAUAUGUGGGCAAUAUACCGUUUGGCGUGACCGAAGAUGAAAUGAUGGAGUUCUUCAAUCAGCAAAUGCAUUUAACCGGUCUGGCACAGGCUGAUGGCAAUCCGGUAUUGGCUUGCCAAAUCAAUUUGGACAAGAAUUUUGCAUUCCUCGAGUUCCGUUCGACAGAUGAAACCACCCAAGCCAUGGCAUUCGAUGGAAUUAAUUUUAAGGGACAAAGUUUGAAAAUACGCCGACCCCACGAUUAUCAACCAAUGCCAGGAGUGGUGGAUGCCUCGCCUAUGCCACAACCAGUCUCUAAUGGUGUAAUAUCUACAGUGGUGCCAGACUCUCCGCAUAAGAUUUUCAUUGGUGGCCUGCCAAAUUAUUUGAACGAGGAACAGGUCAAAGAGCUUCUAUUAUCCUUUGGCCAGUUAAGGGCCUUCAAUUUGGUUAAGGAUACUGGCACAGGUCUAAGCAAAGGUUAUGCUUUCACCGAAUAUGUGGAUCAUACCAUAACAGAUCAAGCUAUUGCCGGUCUUAAUGGCAUGCAGUUGGGCGAUAAGAAGCUCAUUGUGCAACGUGCCAGCGUGGGGGCUAAAAAUGCUCAAAAUAAUUCAACUACCGCUGCUCCCGUUACCAUCCAAGUACCCGGUCUGGCAAUGCUGGGCAUUUCAGGACCACCCACCGAAGUUUUGUGUCUCUUGAACAUGGUUACGCCCGAUGAGUUGCGUGACGAGGACGAAUACGAGGACAUUCUCGAUGAUAUCAAAGAGGAAUGCAAUAAAUAUGGUGUAGUUCGUAGCGUGGAAAUACCCCGACCCAUCGAAGGGGUCGAUGUUCCGGGUUGUGGUAAAGUCUUUGUAGAAUUCAAUUCCGUUAUGGACUGUCAGAAGGCCCAACAAGCCUUGACGGGCCGCAAAUUUAGCGAUCGUGUUGUGGUUACCUCCUACUUUGACCCAGAUAAGUAUCAUCGCCGUGAAUUCUAAGAAGUGUAUUCCCCACCCCACCCCUCCUCGAACACAUAACACAAAAACUACAGACCUAUAAUUGAGUGAACACAAAUGUUCGUAUACCCUAACCCUUACAAGACUAUCUUCAUAUGAAUGUGUGUGUGUUUUUUUUUUUCUUUUUCUUUAUGCAAAAGUCAAGCGUAUAUUGUAGCUAUAAAUUUCUUAUACAUGCAUAUGUA